GCUGACAGUCUGGUCCGCGCCGGGCAGCGGGCGCAGAAGCGGGCAGGGCUGCCGGCAGGCACGGAGGCAGAGCCCCGCCGCGCGCGCCCCGGCCCGCGCCCGGCGCCGCGCCCCAGCUCACUAGUGGGGUGCCCACCUGCCGCCCCGACGGGAGGCCCCCCGUGGCCGCAGCCGCUGCCCAGGGCCGGGCGCCCGCGGCAGCACCAUGAGUCCCCGCUCCUGCCUUCGUUCGCUGCGCCUCCUCGUCUUCGCCGUCUUUUCGGCCGCUGCGAGCAACUGGCUGUACCUGGCCAAGCUGUCCUCAGUGGGAAGCAUCUCAGAGGAGGAGACAUGUGAGAAGCUCAAGGGCCUGAUCCAGAGGCAGGUGCAGAUGUGCAAGCGGAACCUGGAGGUGAUGGACUCGGUGCGCCGCGGCGCCCAGCUCGCCAUCGAGGAGUGCCAGUACCAGUUCCGGAACCGGCGCUGGAACUGCUCCACGCUCGACUCCCUGCCUGUCUUCGGCAAGGUGGUGACGCAAGGGACUCGGGAGGCGGCCUUCGUGUACGCCAUCUCUUCAGCAGGUGUGGCCUUCGCAGUGACACGAGCAUGCAGCAGUGGGGAGCUGGAAAAGUGCGGCUGUGACCGGACAGUGCAUGGGGUCAGCCCCCAAGGCUUCCAGUGGUCAGGAUGCUCGGACAACAUCGCCUACGGUGUGGCCUUCUCACAGUCAUUCGUGGACGUGCGGGAGCGAAGCAAAGGGGCCUCGUCCAGCCGGGCCCUCAUGAACCUCCACAACAAUGAGGCCGGCAGGAAGGCCAUCCUGACACACAUGCGGGUAGAGUGCAAGUGCCACGGGGUGUCAGGCUCCUGCGAAGUAAAGACGUGCUGGCGAGCCGUGCCGCCCUUCCGCCAGGUGGGCCACGCACUGAAGGAGAAGUUCGAUGGCGCCACCGAGGUGGAGCCACGUCGUGUGGGCUCCUCCAGGGCACUGGUGCCUCGCAAUGCGCAGUUCAAGCCGCACACGGAUGAGGACCUGGUGUACUUGGAGCCCAGCCCAGACUUCUGUGAGCAGGACAUGCGCAGUGGUGUGCUGGGCACAAGGGGCCGCACGUGCAACAAGACAUCCAAGGCCAUCGACGGCUGUGAGCUGCUGUGCUGUGGCCGUGGCUUCCACACGGCACAGGUGGAGCUGGCUGAGCGCUGCAGCUGCAAAUUCCACUGGUGCUGCUUCGUCAAGUGCCGGCAGUGCCAGCGGCUGGUGGAGCUGCACACGUGCCGGUGACUGCCGCCUAGCGCAUGCCCAGCAACCACCUAGUGGCCCGGGGAAGGCCGAUAAUUUAAACAGUCCCCUACCACCCACCCCAAAAGAUACUGGUUAUAUUUUUUGUUUUGGUUUGGUUUUUGGGUCCUCUGUUAUUUAUUACUGAAACCAGGCAGGUGACCCAAGGACACCAACUGGGGUCUCCCUGAAGCCUGGGUCUUUGUGGCUGCCACUGACCAAAGGGACCUUGCUCAUGCUCCCAGCUGUGGCUGCUGCUGACCACUCAGUUGUUACUGGUAUCCGUUUUUCUACUUGUAGACUUAAGGUGGGUAACAAGAGUGUUACAGCCACAAGCCUGCUGACCCUGCCACCUAGGGAAAGAGGUGGCCCUAUGGCAGGGGGAUAUUGGUGCCAUUUCACCGGAAGCUGCACCCCUGCACAUACACACGGACCCCUGGCAACUUCAGCCUGGUGGCCUUGUCUUCUCAAGCACCCUGGAAAGGGAAUGGGCAGAUACCAGGUCAAGAGCAAAGGUUUAAUUUCAGACCUCCAUAAACAGCUGGAGGUUCAAUUUCUGUGGGACCUUUCAGGCAGGAACAAGUGAGAUGAGGGUGAGAAGGCCACAGUCCCACCCUGGAGCCCAGCCUGCCUGGCCUCCCCCUCAGAGAGGGAACCCCCCCCACUCCCUAGUCCCUCCCAGGCAGGAGUAUAGUCUGCCAUCCUGGACCAGAGAUCCCAGGGGGGCCUUUGCAGUGACACCCCCACGUGAGCCUUCCUCACAGUGCUGCUCCUCCGUGAAACUAAGAAUGGAAAUGCUCACGCACACGGAGAGAGGGAAGGGUCAUGUAAGAAAGCCCUCUCCCAACCAUUAUUUCACUCAAUCCAGUUUACUGAGCAAAAGCUAUGGUCGAGGCACCGUGCGGGACCACCUCACUGGAUGGUGGAGAAGACAGGCGUGCCUGUGCCCAUUUUACAGCAGAGACAGCAGUGCCCAGCUGGGUCCCAGAGCAAGCAAGAUAUAGAGGCAAAGACGUAAGAUCCCUCCAUGCAAGGCUCCUUCUGAGCUCCUGUACCCAAAGGCCCGGAAACUGUCAGUCUUCUUGGUCUGAGACUUGGGGCAGGGACUCAGGCUGGAGGAGAGGAGCCGCGAGGCAGAUGGAGGCACAGACGCAGACUGAGCCAGAGCCUACCCUGUUCCCGAGGGCAGACUCUGAGGAACAAGGUAGACAGCUGGAAGGCACCCCUGUCUCUGGGUACCCUGGGUACUGAAGUGUCCCCCAGAGACAGCCCUAGCCACCCAGGCCUGGCCCUGCACAACAGCCAAACCAUCAGGAGGCCAGUCCAAACUUUUGUGAGCAAGACAAGCACACAGCAAGACCUGGCCUGACCCAAGUGCUUCCAGGGUGGGCUCCCAACCACCAGAAAAGCUCACCGCCAGCCCAGUCUCCAGGCCUCCCCCUCACUGCGGUUCUAGGCUCCUGGUUUCAGGUCUUGAGCUCUGGGAUCCCCACUGGGGGUUCUCGGACCCCAACCUCUCAGCUCCAGGGUUCAAUGUCUGGAUUCAAAGUCCCAGAUUCAGAAUAUGAGCUCCGGCCUGUAGAAGCUCUCCAGGCCUGUGGUUUGUGUCUCCUGGUGUUGGCUCCCUCACAAAGAGGUCAACACUCUUGGCCUCCAACCAAGCUCUCUGCUCAAUGUCCACCCAAGAAGGCCAAAACCAAGUGAGAUGUUGGAGCUACAUUCGAAUGUGGGGAUAAUCGUGGGGCAAGCAAGCUCUGAUGUGGAUGAAAACUGAGCCGACUAAGUGUCCCCACAGCUGCCCAUCUGGGCUCACUGCUCCUCUGGCGGGCUCUGUUCAGCUGUCUGCUCAGUGCCAGGGAAAAUACCAUCCCUCAAUGGCACAGGCCAGACCCAGACAAAGGAAGCAGUAGGAACCCCUCCCCCUCCAGAGAUAGGGCUGAGCCACUCUCCCUCCUCCCCAAGUCCUAUCCCCACAGCCAGGGGAAUAGCAGGACCAGGAUGAAUGCUGGUUUGCUGGGCACUGCCUCCAGGUAGGAGUGUGAGGGUCUGUGCCCAUUCACAUGCUUUACCUUUCUGCCUGCCAGGGGGCUCCCCAAAGCUGAUACUCCUGGGGUUCUGAAGGGUAUAACCUCCAUAAAAUAGACUAGAUUCUAGGAACCUCUGCCAGCCCUACCACUACCAUCACCAGCACCCCAAAGGCCAAGGGGAUCCACAGCCACAGAAAAAUGGAGCUUCCCUGGACACACCCUCCUCUAAACUGUCCCAAAUAGAAGGAGAAACUAGCAUAGGCCAGACGUAGCCCACCCACUCUGCAAGCUGGCCAGAAGCCCAACUCCCAACCCAAACCUUCUCCACUAAACUUGCCACAGGCAAAAGCGUUGUCGUCUGAGGCCUCAGGCUGGAUAAGCCCCAGCUCUGGAUGCUGCUGCCCCCUCUGCUGCCCCAUCCCAUCUUCCAAUUUUUAUACUAGGCUCCUUGCCAUUGUGACAUCCCCAUGAAAUAGUCUGA